GCUGGCCGUGCGGCCCUGGAUGCGGCCGGAGGCCGUCUGCAGGGGCCUCCGCUGCAGGGCCGUGGGCGGCGCGCGCCGGCCUCUCUGCGCGCCCUCUCUGAGAGCUUCGGCCAGGUCGCGGCGGCUGCGCGUGGGCGCGGCUGGGGUGAACCUCAGCUUCGGCUGCUCCCGCGGCUGGAGCCGCACGGCCUUGAGGCUGGCCAUGCUGGCGGUGCUCCAGCUCCGCUUCGUGCCCCGCGCGUGGGCCGUGCUCCGCAGGAACUACCUGCGGAUGAACACCCAGCGCGCGGAGAUCGCCACCGCGGAGGAGCUGCUGCUGGUCAGGGAGGCCCUGUCCAGCAGCAGCCGGCUGGGGCAGCCGGUCGAGCUGAGCUCCUGCCUCCUGCCAAAGGGCUCCGAGAUCCUGGCGCAUCCCGAGGACCUGGCGGCGGCCACUCCGCCAGUGCGGCUGCGCUACCGCCCGCCGAGCCGCGCCGACGCGGGACCGCUCCGCUAUGAGCGCAUCUGGGCGAGCUUCACCAGCAUCCUGAGGAUUGCCGAGGGGCCGCUCGUGUUCUACGGCUGGGGUCGGAUGGCCUCCGAGGCCGGCCUGUGCCUGGCGGGCCGCUUCCUGGCGGUGCCCCCGAAGGGCGGCCUGCCGCUCGAGGCCUGGUGCGGCAAGCUGUCGCAGCUGGUCGCGUUCACGAGCCUGGCCCUCUUUUCGCACAGCUUCAUCUCGGCGUGGAGAGACCGCCGUUCCCGCGGCAGGGCCGAGACCUCGGACUUCCUGGGGUCCCAGUCCAGCCUGCGGGAGGCCCAGGUGAACGCCCUGAAGGUGGCGUUGCAGGUGCUGGUCUGGGCCGUCUACGCCGUGGUCGUGCUCUGGGCCCUGGGGGUGCAGGUGGGGCGGGUGCUGCUGUUUCCGUCCAUCACUGCGGUGGUCCUCGGCUGGGUGGGCAGGGAGAUCGUCGCCAACAUCAUCAGCGGCGUGAUCCUCCACCUGACGCAGCCCUUCGCGCAGGGGGACUGGGUGACCCUCGAGGGCGGCGACAUAGAUGGAUGGGUACAGGACGUCGGCAAUUUCUACACGAAGGUGGUUCAAUGGGACAAGCGCCCCAUGUAUGUGCCAAACUUCAAGCUGAUGUCGAUGAACGUGCAGAACAACUCCAGGAUGACUAACAGGCGGGUUCUCUUCGAACUGCCGCUGAGGAUGCGGGACAUCCCUAAGAUCCCGAAGAUCGUGCAGGAGAUGCAAGAGAUGAUCAACAGCCACGAGGACAUCGACACGGUGCAACAUCGGCUUGUCCGAUGGCGCUCCAUUGGGCAGUACUCCGCGGAGAUAUGGGUCUCCUGCUACACGAAGCCCACCAUGGAGGGCAUUCGACUCGCGACCUUCACUGCCACGUUGCAAAGCGUGCUAGAGCGCUGCUCUGCCAUCGUGUACAGCAAUGGCGCAGAGUUUGCUUCUAUCAAUGACCGCUAUGGCUAUCCACGAGGCCCUGGCGUCGCGGAAGAGGUGGACGACCCGAAGAACCUCGGGCAGAUCAUCACCGACAAGCUGUAUUCGACCUUCAGCAGCGCGCGCGAGUCGCAGCUGAAGUCCCGGGAGCAGGUCCUCUGGGAGCGCGAGAAAAACGUCAAGCAGCUGAAGCGCGACGUGGAGGCGGCCGCGGCCCUGCAGCGGGACAAGGAUCGCAGGAGAUCGCCCGGGCGGCGGAGAGGUACCGGGAGCUGCUGCAGCAGGAGGUGGCACGCAGGGAGGGCCCUCGCCAGGCGGAGGGGGCGCCGCCGCCCGCCGAGGGCGCCGCGCCCCCGCCGGACACGGCCUGGUCCGACCCGGCGGGGCCGGCGGAGGCCGCGCCGGUGGCGAGCGAGGCGCCCCCCGAGGAGAGGGGCCCAGGCCCGCGCAGCCGCAGAGGAGGCGCUCUCGGGGGCGCUGUCGGAGGCCGCCGCGCCACCCGUCGGGCGGGACGCCGCGGAGAGCAUCCGCGGCCUCCAGGGCGCCGUGGCGGAGGCCAGCCGCGUGCUCCAGCAGGAGGGCCCCCGCGGCAGCGCGGCCGCUGAGGCGCCGAGCGCGGCCGGCGCCGGCCAGGAGCCCGGCGAGGACGGGGGCCAAGCGGCCGGGUCCAGCGCGGCCGCCGCCGCGGAGGAGGCGGAGAUCGAGGAGCUGAAGAUCGCCACGCCAGGGGAGAUACAGAAGGCACAGGAAGUCGAAGAGCUGGCCGCGGCAGAGUCCCAGGCCGAGCAGAUCGCCGCCAGCGCGUCGGACGACUCGAAGGCCAAGUCGAAGGGGAGGAUACCCGUGAAGGAGAUGGGCGACUAGCCGCCCUCCCACGUCGCUAUGAAGCAAACGAGCCCUGGGGCAUCGUGUCCUGGACGUUGUUGAACUCUCAGUUCUGAAGAAUAAUUAUUACGGGGGUUCGAUGCAAACGGGGGUCAGCCAGAGCGCCGGAUGCCGCAGGAUCAUGCAUGGCCGGGGUCGCAUCGACCUGGGCUUGGGUGCAGGAUCCUGCAGGGUCCUGCCGGAUCCCGCAGGAUCCUACAGGGCCUGGAUUGACCCGGGUUGGGAGAUCCCCGAUCCCUCAGGACCUGGUUGAUUCAUGGCAAGCAGGACCUUCCUCCCGCGCUUCCUCUCUCUCUCUCUCUCUCCUGGCGGCGCACACGGAGGCGGCGCGAGGGCGUGGCCGCUCUCGGAAGAGGCGGGGGAGUUCCCGAGAAGGCGCGGGGGCCUCCGAGAAUCCCCCCCCCCCCCCCCUGCUUCCAAGGGGCCCUCGUAGAAGCCCCUGGGGCCUUCUAAGAAGGCCCCUGCUUUCGAAGAGGCACCCCACCGCGCCUUCUUCAGACGGCCGCAGCCCUGGCGCCAUUUCUUUUUUUUUGUUGCGCG